AUGGUGAUUGCCGGUGCGCCUGAGCCGUCGCCAGAGCGCGUUGCCGCCUGGUCGGCAGUGGUCGCCAAGCCUCAGUCUGAGCCCGGAAAGGCGACCACGGCGACGAAUCCCCCUGUGCCUCCGGCUCCGAAGCCCUCGACAACAUUCUCUGAAAAGCCUCCUCUCCUCGAACCCGCAUCUCCUCCUGUCGCGGCUGCGCCCGGUUCGUCGGCAACUGCUGUCCCUCAGUCUGCCGCAACUGCUGCUGCUGUGUCGUCUGUCCCGGCUGCGCCGACUGUUCCCCAGGCCCCACAUGCAGCACCUCCGGCGACUGUCGCUGAACUCCCGGCUCCCGUGCCCGCUGGGCCACCUGCUGCCGUCCCCGAUUUGCCGACGCAUGCCUCUGCCUCGUCACCGCAGGCGGCGUCCGCCACCACUGGCGGCCCGGCCCCGGUGGUUGCGCCGGCAGUGGAUCCGGCCGCCCCUGUUGUGCCGAUGGCUCCAGUGGCGCCGCCGUCUCGUCCACCGUCGCCGGACCGCCGCCCGUCUCGCCCCCACUCUCCAGCUCCCCACCAGGACCGUGAGUCCUCAAGACGUCGCCGCAAUUCUCCGCGGCGCUACCAGCAGCAGGGCCAGUGGCACGCGAACCGUGGCGGUCGUGGUGGCUGGCGGGGUCCCCGCGGUCGCGGAGGUGGAGGGGCGUACGAUCCGCCUGUGAGGAUGGCGGAUCUGCAGCGGGCGGUAACGACCGCGGUGCGUGAGGAGAGGGCUGCUCCGACCCAGGGCAGUUCACGCGCCGGCGAGGCCUAUUCCGCGCGUCGUCAGCCAGUGCUCCCUGAGAGUCCGCUUCCUGUUGCACCAAUCCCUCCUCAGAUUCCGGCCUCGUCGGCUCCUGCCGCUGCUGCCCCCGCUCCGGAACCUGGAUCUCGGCUUCGUAUGCCGCCUGUUCCGCCCGUGGCGGGAGUAGAAUUUGUGGCGGCGGGAGGUGGGGCGGCGGGGGCGCAUUAUCUUCCAACCGGCGUCGCUGGAUCGACCUCUCAUGCUGUCCAAGAGCCCUUUCACGCACUGCUCCUGAUACAGGUUCUCGCUCACUCGUCUCUCCCUGUGGUUCCCCCCGAGAGGUUCCAGGAUCGUCAUCGAGAGGCAUGCUUGGAUGCAGCCGAUCAGCUCGCAGUGCUGCUGGCGCCCGUGCUGGCUGCACCCGCCGAGGGAGGCGUUGCGUCUGCGGGGCACUUGAUGAGGCUGUCCGCGGCUUGA